AUAGUUGUUACUCCACCUUGUUGUUUGAACAUGACGUCACCAAGCGGAAAUUUUGAAGGAUGCUGUUAGAUUAUGCACCAAAAUGAAACCUCGACUUACACCUAUCCAUUCUCUAACCCCAAGUGGACAAGCUAGUGAAAACAAACAUAGUAAUACCUAUAACACAAAAAUUUCACAUUCUCAUAAUGUGACAGAACUGAAGAGAAAAUCCUCAGAAAAUCGAACUCCCAUAACAUCAAGAACACUGAAAAGUAGGAUUAAGCAAAUGUUACAAGGAAAUGCUAAAGUUGGCUCCCCACAGUCUAACAAACUACAAAGACUACAGAAAGAGAGUAUUGAAGAGGCUAUAGCUCAGGCCCAAAAGGAUAGACUUGGGGGAACUGAGUAUGAUAUAGGACCUUUUUAUGGACUACCAUCUAAAGUAGAGGAACUGUUUACCAAACAUAGAAAAAUAAAAUCUUUAUAUGAAUGGCAGAAAGAAUGCCUGAGUCUACCUGCAAUACAACAAAGGCAGAACCUGAUUUACUCCCUACCAACAAGUGGGGGUAAGACCCUCGUGGCAGAGAUUCUUAUACUGAGGGAGCUACUCUGUAGGAAGAAAGACACCAUGCUCAUUCUCCCGUUUGUUUCCAUAGUACAAGAAAAGGUUCGUGGUCUGGCACCAUUCGCUGUAGACCUAGAUUUUCUGGUGGAAGAAUAUGCAGGGCACAAAGGCCACAUGCCACCCAAAAUGAGACAGAAAAGCAACUCUCUUUAUAUAUGUACAAUGGAGAAAGCAAAUGGUUUGGUGAACUGCCUUAUAGAGAUGGGUAAACUAGACAAUAUAGGACUUGUAGUCGUAGAUGAGUUACAUAUGUUGGGGGAGGGUGGUAGCAGAGGGGCAGUGCUAGAAAUGACCCUUACCAAGCUCAUGCAUGCCUCAACUGAUUGUCAGAUUAUUGGUAUGAGUGCCACACUGAACAACACAUCCGACUUGACUAGGUUUCUUCAGGCAGAACUUUACUCGAAUAACUUUAGGCCAGUGGAACUGACAGAAUAUGUGAAACUAGAGGACAAUAUCUUUACUGUGAAUGCAGACACCAUUAUUCCUGAUGAGAAACUCAGGCAUGAUAGAAUUGUUUCAUACCCAUACACAAGUAAGAUGGUGAAGCAAGACCCUGACCAUCUAUGUGGUCUUGUAUCAGAGGUUAUACCUGACAAAUCAUGUCUUGUGUUCUGUUCCACCAAGAAGAAUUGUGAGAAUGUAGCUGUGCUCCUCUGUGAAAUGAUGCCAAGACACCUGAAAGGAAGGAAUCGCCAGGCUAGAGAGGCUCUGUAUAGGACCCUUAAAGAAGAGGGUAAUGGCCAGAUGUGCCCAGUGUUGAGGAAGACUGUCCCCUAUGGGCUCGCUUAUCACCACAGUGGGUUGACAAUGGAUGAAAGGAAGCUAAUAGAGGAGGCUUACUCGGAGGGAACUCUGUGUCUUCUCACAUGUACAUCUACACUGGCUGCUGGGGUAAAUCUGCCAGCUAAACGUGUAAUACUAAGGGCACCGUAUGUUGGCAUGAACUUCCUCCAACGCAGCCAGUACAAACAGAUGGUGGGAAGAGCUGGUAGAGCUGGCAUUGACACCUCAGGAGAAAGCAUUGUUAUAGUCAAGAAGAAGGACAAGGAAAAGCUACUAGAUCUAAUCAGCGGCCCAUAUGAUAGCUGUAUGAGUAGCCUUAUGUAUGACUCUGCCAAGGGAGUUAGGUCAUUACUCCUGACAACAAUAGGCCUGAAGCUUACACCUACUAUAGAAUCUGUGAUAGAGCUGAUGAGACGUACCUUACUAGACAUUCAAUCUUCAACAUUGGGAUUGGACAUACCUGAUAUAACCAAGGAUGCACUGCAGUCACUUAUUGACCUGGGUAUGGUCAAGCAAACUAGAACAAGGAUAGAUGGCUCUGAUGAUCCCCUGAGUCAGAUUACAUCACAAAGUCCCAUUAUUACACAUAUUGAAGUCACCCGGCUAGGGAAGGCUACUUUUAAAGGCAGUGUUGAUAUACAGAGGGCUCCCACAUUAUUUACUGAUCUAUGCAAAGCACAGAAGUCACUUGUAGUCAGUAACCAUCUUCACUUACUCUACCUUGCUACCCCUUAUGACUAUAGAUCAGGUCAACAUUGACUGGAUGCUAUAUUUUAACCAGUUUUCAUUGUUGAGCCCUGAAGAGAUGAAAGUAGCUGAAAUAAUGGGAAUAUCAGAGGGUUACAUCUGUAGGAAAGCCUCGGGUCAAGUCAGAAAAUCUCAAGAAGUAAAUGAGCUCCCUAUGAGGAGGUUCUUUUUAACAUUGGUGCUCUAUGAUCUCUGGAAGGAGAAAACAAUGUGGGAAGUCUCCCUGAAGUUUAAACUAGACAGGGGUUUGAUACAGAACAUUCUUAAUGGA